AUGAACGAUAAUUUUUGGUUCAAUGACAAUGCGUUCAGUAAUAAUCAACCCAACAAUGGUGGCAACAACAACAACGAAGAGGAUUUCUUGAGUAACCUCUUCGAUGGGCCAAUGCAACAACAGUCACAACAACAGCCUCAGCAGCCAGCCCAGCACCAACAACAACAACCCCAGGCUCCGGCACAACAACUAGCUCCUCAAAUGUUGGAUGUUAAUCCCAUGGAAAUGGGUGGCGGUGGGGGUCAGAAUAUGAAUCCUCAGAUGUUUUUGAGACAGCAGCAGCAGCAACAGCAGCUGCCACAACACCAACAAGGAUCUCAGCAGCACACUCCCCAACUGCAGUCUCAGCAGCAGGUCCCAAUACACCAACAAAUGGGUCAACAAGGAAAUGUUCAGGGUCCCAGAGCAAACCAGCUGAUAGAACAGAACAAGAGGGAUCAAAUUUUGAAGAUGAAACAGCAAAUUAUGCAACAGCAGAUGCUAGCUGCUCAAAAACAAAAACAACAACAACAUCAGCAACAACAACAACAACAUCAGCAGCAGCAACAACAGAAUCAGCAGCAGCAGCAACAACAGCAGUUACAGGAACAACUUAGAUUACAACAGCAGCAGAUUCAGCAAAAUAUUCCACAGCAAGUACAUUCUCCCUCUGUAAUCCAACAAUCUCCGCAACUUUCAAAUAUGAAGAUCAACCAAUUUCAAAGAGCACAGGCUGCUAUGAGAUUAAAGAACAUGGAGAGACAAGAGUCAGCUGGUCCGAUAGGCCUGAAUGCAUCUGCCAGAUCUGCAGUUCCAACUCCACAGCAACUGCUGCAACCAUUCAGUCCAGUUGCCAUGAAUACUCCGCAACAGCAACAAGCUCAUACUCCUCAGCAAAUUGGUAUCGAUGCACAGAAGCAAGGAUCGUCGCCUCCUCAGCUUGCUCAAUUUCAAAUUGAGUUGUUUCUUUCAACUCUUUACGAUUUCAUGACCCGUAGAGGGACGCCUAUAACCCAGGCACCAGUAAUCAAUAACAAGAAAGUUAAUUUAUUCUUCUUGUAUUUUAUGUGUCAGAAGUUGGGAGGAUCACAGCAAUUACUUAGAAAUUUACCAGACGGUGCCAGACAGCAGCUGCCUUGGGCUUUGAUCUGUCAAAAAUUAGGACUUUUCGAGAAUGUUGAUGAGCAAAAUGCAACAGUGAAGUCAAAAAUCAUCAGGGAGGUGUACAAUUGUUUCAUGCAAUUGUUGUUACCAUAUGAACAAUAUACGAACACUCCAGAUGGGCAUAAAGAUAUCCAGCAAAGAAAGAUUCAAUUUCAAAAGCAGAUUGCAAAGAAGAUGCAACAGCAACAAGCUCAGCAGAUACAACAACAACAACAACAACAACCAGCAGCUCCAAUUCCACAACCACUGCAAGUACAGCCACAAAUACCUGCUCACGUUUCGGCACACAAUUCCCCAUUGAUUAAUUCUCAGACACCGCAGCACAUUCAAUCUCCAGCAGCUAACAACUUCACCCCAAACAAUAUCUUACCCAACUCUGUAAAUAGUCCCAUGGGUCAAAGUCAGGCACCGACACCACAGCAAAGAAAAUUGUCAAGAAUCAGCAACAACAAUACUUCCAGCCACAAUUCUCCAGUUUUAGUACAAACUAAGUCUAGAGCAGGAAGUGCAGUUAAUACACCUCCUGUUCAACCAACAGUGAGUCUUGCGCCUACUCCAGCUGCUAUCCCUGAAGACAAGAAGGAGCCAAAUGCGAUUAGAAGCUACCUUCCAAUCCGUAGACCUAUUGAAACUCAUGCCGGUUAUGAUAUCAGAGCGUUGUCACAAGUUGCAGGAGAAAUUGAAAUUACGAAGCCUGUUUACCUUUUUGCUCCAGAAUUAGGUUCGGUCAAUAUACACGCACUCAUAAUGUCAUUGAAGACCUUUACAGGUGUUGGAAACAGCGAAGUAUCUUCAGCGCUAAACACUCUCUUGGUCACUACUUCAGAUGCUAACUUGGUCUUUAAGAUAUCGGAUUGCCCUGAAUUACUUGAUACUUUAAGUGUAUUGGGGUUGAAAGUACUUGACGUCAUCAUGGAGGGUGACAAGAAAGGAAAAAAGAGAACUAGAGAGGUCUAUGAAAGUGGAGUCAAACUCAGCUCUAACAGUAAUAUCGAGGAUAUAUUCAAUAGAUAUGUUAAACAAAAGCGUGGAGCCGAGGACGAUGACGAAGAAUUGGUUGAAGAAGACAUCGAGUUUGUUGUGAAUUCACUCACUGGUGAGGUUAUCGUAGAUGAAGACGAGAAUGGCGAAGAAGAUUCAGGAGAAGAUGAUGAUGAAGAAGAAGAACAGCUUUUUCUGCCAACAAAUGAAUCAAGCUACUCUACUACUUCGGGCGACCUAGACGAAGACCUGUCCAGCACUUUUGGCUUGUCUGACUACAUGUCUUCUUUACUUGCAUUUAGGAAAGAAAAUAAGUAUCACUUUAGUAAGAUCCAGACAAAGAGUGCUAAUGAUGAUAAAAUCAUGUUUGUUGACCAGUUAAUUACUAUCACAAUGAUUUUAAGAAACAUAUCUUUCGGAGAUUCGAAUAAAAUAUUGAUGUCGUCCAACUCCAAUUUCAAAGAUUUGUUAUUUAAAAUUGUGAAAUCAGUUGCUAGCCAACCUGAUUAUUUUGUAUUUAAUAGAAAGAUAUUGUGCUUGUUAAAGGAUUGUUUAUUGAUUCUUAAUAAGAUUGCAUUCACCAUGGAACUUAGAAGUUUGGAAGAAACCUUUUUAGUGUUCUUAUUAACUACUUCUUUUGGGCCUAAAAUUGAAGAUGACGAAUCUAUUCCAUAUGCCAAUUUAGAGGUGUACUCUUAUAUGUCAUUUGGUAUUGAUACAUUCACAAAACUUUUAGUCAGGGAACCUCACAAUAGGUCUUUAUUACAAGCUGUCUUGAAUGGAUCAUUGUCUGUUUCCAGUUCUGCCUCAAUCAUCGGAAGUACAGGGGGUAUUGGAAACGUAGCUCCAUUAAAUAUCACUACUGAAGAUCAGGAGGAAACUGCAAGACUUAUUAAACUCUAUUUGGGUGAAAGGGAUCAAGAUAAAUAUAGUAGUGGGAUAUUACUAACAAGGUCGUUUCAAUUUUUCAUUUCAGUGAUUCCCUUCCAAUUUAACAAUUUUGAAUUAUCCAAAUUCUUGUUAUUGCGUUCACCAACAAUUUCCCAAGCUCUAUUUGGUACUAAGAUUAUCAUUGAUAUGGUGCUGAAUAGUGGAUCAGCAGCAGGGACAGAAAUAGAUUCUGAUAAUACCCUCAGACUACUUCCAAGCAAGUGGAUUUUCGAUCAUAAAGAAUUAAUUUUAAGUAAUUUAUUAAGAGUUUGUCUUAAUGUCGUAGGUGAUACUGCAAAGAUUCCACGCCAUACCGAUGAGCAUAAAAUAUUGAGUUUAGUUAUUUUAAGAGCUUUGAUCAUGAUAAAUUCAUUGGUACUGGACUUGGUGGUUGUUAAACUGGAAUUGGACCAAGGUGAAGGUAACUUGAAAGAGUGUGCUAAGAGUACUACUGAGUUUAAAGAAAAGUUAUCCCAAAUCAAAGAAAUUGCUAGAAUUAUCCCAGAUAAGAACUUAUCCUUAGAAGCAUUACUUAAUCCGGGCAUAGAUCCAGACGUUGGAAAGGAGGUUAUCAGGUUAAUGGGGAUGAUGAAUGAAUUAUUCAAAGAAGAGAAGUGA